GCGCAUUUAGCUUUCACGAGAAAACUACAAAAUAGCUUUGUUAAUCGUUCGUAUCUUAGCAUCGAGAUAGCGUAGUAAAUUUUCUGGGAACAAGGUACAUAAGUAUUCAGAGAUCUUGUAACGCGUCUCUGUACGAAUAACGUAUACGAAAAGCGAAGACGACGCAUAACUGCACGCAUCGUAUCCGCCGACGUGAUUAUUGUCGAGUCGAGAUUCGAUUCGACUGGAAUACCAAUCGAAACGAUAACAAUGAAAGGAUAGACGCAGACGACCAACCUCGAAGGGUGAAGCAAAAGCGAUCGAAUGUUAAGCAGCCGCGACAACUUUUAUCUAUUGACUUUUUAAACUCGUCGUUAAUCUCUCUCAACGCUAAGUAGACUCUUAUGAAUCUGGAUCGGUUGUACCUCGUCGCGAAGCAACAGACGACUCUGGAACUAGAUCCGAACCGACGAGCAGAAAGUAUUUCUCACGCGACCACAUGGAGAUCGGAAAACGGCGAAGAUCAGUGCGAGGCAGCUAUCAAGAAGGUCGUCCGAGAAGAUCGGGCUAUAAUAGAAGACGAUAGUCCAACUAGGCUGCGCUACGCAUGGUCGUCCCAAGAAUGCGAAGUACGCGCCGGUCCAGAAUAUAUCAUCCGAAAGUAUACAUUUUUCGAAAACGGCACAUUCUUGUUACUCCGCUAUCACUAUGCCGAAGAAUCUUGUAGCAUAGCAACGCACACCGUAGUAGGACGUGGAUCCAUCCAACUCGGUUUACCGUCCACGUUAAUACCUGGUGCGACCGAAACCAAAUUCCACCUAGACGUAGUUCAUAUCGUACCAUUGAAUCGUCAGAUCGCGAAUAAAUUUGGGCAUAGAUUAAACGUCACUUGUAGCCUCCAACCUAAAUGGCGUCCGUACGUAGCUCAACCAGUUUACGAGCGCCUUCAUCGUCAAUUCGAAUCUCCUUCCUGGUACGGCCCGAGAUAUAAUUCACUUCAAAGCUAUCCUUCCUCGAAGAAGGAAAAAGCGAUAGACUGUUUGGAAACGCUUGGAAUCGAGUUCGACGAAUUGAGUAUACUAAGAGUGCAAAAGAAAGAGUUCGAUCAGAAAUACGUUGCGCCUGGUUCGACCCUUAAAUCGAGAGUCGAAUUGGCGCUCGCCGACGUGCCACCAAACGUUCAAUCCCGAUGGAUUCAUCGAGCCACGUCGUUACAAUCGACCGUGUUAAUCCGCAUGGACACCACAAGCGAAUGUCCGAUCUGCGGCAGUAUAUUCCGAGGAACGGAAUAUAAUCCACCUCUGUUACACGAGGUAGCGCCACUUCCGGCGUUACUCGGUGGUUCCUGGAUAAGUUCUCAAUGCGAGAGCGUCAAAGGUGGCCUAUGGUCUCGACGACGCGUGAAAAUUUAUUCCGGCGAUAAACUUUGGACGGGUCGUUGGGAUUAUCACUUGGAUCCGCGAUGUAUGAUUUUCUCUUACUCGAUCACCGCGGCAGGGAGUUACGUGCAACGUGCCGGAAGAUAUAAACGAGACAAAGAUAGUACGAAACUUUUUCAACUGUCUUGGAAUCCUUCGAUGGACAAGCCGAAGGAUAGAUCGAGAAGAAGCAUGGACGGCGCGUAUCGUCAUCUCUUUCGAAACGCUCGACCUUCGAUGGUCGAAUCAUUCGCCACCAUGCUCAGGGGCAAUAAGAAACGCGAGGAGAUCGCGGCGGGUGCACAGACGUCCUCGGGUACGCCCUCCGGGACGACGGAGUUGGAUCUUCACGUGGCCGAGAGCGUCCUCGUCCCAGGAGAUAUGUCGAUAGUUGACCGAUGCGCUGGCAAAGAGGCUGGCAAACCUCUUACCUUAUGGCCCAGUAAUUGCGUUCCUCUGGCCAUAGAAGCGCCAUCGACGCUACGAUUAAGGGCCAAAGUCGGCGUUAGUUGGUCCGGUCAAUACAUCCUACGAUUAAGUCCGAGAGACGACGAUAUUUGGGAUAUGCCGCUUCGCCAAUGCGGAUCGACCGAUUCGCGCAAUCCUAGAUUAAGGAUAUAUCUCAGAAAAAGUCUAGGGCUUAAAUAUGGACUUGCCUCCUCGGCGAUUUCAAUCAAUCGGACGUCCCUGUACUUUACCAUAUUCGUCCUUUAUCUUCAUUAUGUUUACCGAACAACGUCCUUCAUCCUUCUUACGGACAGUCUCUUCUACUGUAAUGUAGCGAUAUGAGCUCGAUCGUCCGUUAAUAUUUAAAAAAGUAUCUCGUCGUACGUACUUAUAGAUACGAGUAUGCGAAUACGAUAUGUACCUAAUUUAGAAAAUUUACUACGUUUCUGCUAUUUUCAAAGAUAUCAUAGGAUCAAAAUGGGAAAGAAGAGAAAGAAAGAUAAAAAAAAAAUUCGUAGGAAAUGGUGAAAAGCUUUGAUGAACGAACGAUAUCAAGCGGUGAUUCAAAGUACAAUCCUUUCGGCCUCGCUGAGCGAGAAAACCUAAUGAGUUGAAAUUUCCUCGUGAAUCUUGUACAUAAUUUGUAUAUAUAUAAUAUGAUUUUAUAUAUGCGUGUGACUGUGUGUAUAUAUAUAUAUA